AUGUCAGCAUCAAAAUCAAAGUUUAUUCACACACAAACUUCAAAUCUUGAGGAUUCAGUAGAAUUGUAUCGAUCUGUGGCAGGAAUCAUUCUAAAGAGACAUCCAAUGUUAAGCACGAAAGACAAUGUGAUCAUUGAAACAGAGAUUCAUGAAAUUACUCGUAGACCACAAGAAUGUCUUUAUUUACUAAUCAAGAAACCGCGAAAGGAUCAUGCCUGGCAGUUUCCACAGGGCGGGUCCGAGCCAGGGGAAACAGUAGUCGAAGCAGCGCUUAGAGAGCUUAAAGAAGAGUGUGGGUCCGAUCUAAAGGUGAAGGUUAAUACGAAGGACAUAAUUGGAGCCUACAAGUACCGGUUCCCCGUAGAGUUUAUUUUGUCACAGAAGCGGUCGAAGAAAUACGUUGGAGCAAAGGUUAAUUUCAUAAGUGCCGAGUGGGUGUCAGGACAAUGCCAGCCAGACCAGCAAGAGAUAAUUGACUUUGGCUGGUUAACUCGAGAAGAAAUUACUAAAUAUGUUAGCAAAGAGUACAGGGAUGCUAUUCUCCCAAUGCUAAACUAA